AAGGAAGAACAGGAAGCGAACCGUUUCAGAGCCCCUCCGCUGCGGUCCACUCCCGUCCUCCUCCCGUCCUCCUCCCGUCCUCCUCUGGCACUGAUACCGGCUCCGCUCGGCUCCUCUGAGUCGCUGAAACGCAAACAGGAGAGCCAGCUAAAGCGAAAUCCGCGCUUUGUGGUCAACUAACUACAAUAUUAGAGACGUGUAAAAGAGGGGAGCAAGGGCGUGUUGGAGAAACAAGACCUCCUCCUCCUCCUCCUCCUCCUCCUCACUCACUCGCUGGAUGCUAAAGCUCGGUAGCCUUUGCAUGCCCUAGCUUGGAAGUUGUGUUUUUUUGCAGAGCUGGGUUUUUUUUUAUUUUAAUUUUGUAUUUAUUGAUUAAUUAAUCGGGAGAGUUGAGGUGAGGAGGAGAAGAUGGGAUGCACUCUGAGCACGGACGACAAGGCGGCGCAGGAGCGGAGCAAGAUGAUCGACAGGAAUCUGCGGGACGACGGAGAAAAGGCUGCCCGGGAGGUGAAGCUGCUGCUGCUCGGUGCUGGAGAGUCUGGAAAAAGUACGAUCGUUAAACAGAUGAAGAUCAUCCAUGAAGCGGGCUACUCAGAGGAGGAGUGUAAGCAGUACAAGGCCGUGGUCUACAGCAACACCAUCCAGUCCAUUAUUGCCAUCAUCAGAGCGAUGGGACGCCUCAAGAUUGACUUUGCCGAUGCAGCUAGAGCAGAUGAUGCACGGCAGCUGUUCGUCCUGGCUGGAUCAGCAGAAGAGGGCUUCAUGACAGGCGAACUAGCUGGGGUCAUUCAGCGGCUGUGGAAAGAUGGAGGAGUUCAGGCCUGCUUCAGCCGCUCCCGGGAGUACCAGCUCAAUGACUCUGCAGCAUACUACCUGAAUGACUUGGACAGGAUAUCCCACGGUGCUUAUGUGCCCACCCAGCAGGAUGUGCUGAGGACCAGAGUCAAAACUACUGGUAUUGUGGAAACACACUUCACUUUCAAGGACCUCCACUUCAAGAUGUUUGAUGUAGGCGGACAGAGAUCAGAGAGGAAGAAGUGGAUCCAUUGUUUUGAGGGAGUCACUGCCAUCAUCUUCUGUGUGGCCCUGAGUGACUAUGAUCUGGUUCUGGCUGAGGAUGAGGAGAUGAAUCGAAUGCACGAGAGCAUGAAGCUGUUCGACUCCAUCUGCAACAACAAGUGGUUCACAGACACCUCCAUCAUCCUCUUCCUCAACAAGAAGGACCUGUUUGAGGAAAAGAUCAAAAAGAGCCCUCUCACAAUCUGUUACCCAGAAUACGCAGGCUCAAACACCUACGAGGAGGCAGCCGCUUACAUUCAGUGCCAGUUCGAGGACCUGAAUAAGAGGAAGGACACCAAGGAGAUCUACACCCACUUCACCUGUGCCACCGACACCAAGAACGUGCAGUUCGUGUUCGAUGCCGUCACUGACGUCAUCAUCAAGAACAACCUGAAGGACUGCGGCCUUUUCUAAAGGCGACCCGGUCGGCCGGCUUACCAAGUGACUUUGUUCAAGGGGACUCGGACUGGAGGGAACUUCAGGGACCCUGCUGAGAAUGUCACUUUUAACCUCUUAUUAACUUAUGUUCAUCUCUAAAAGUUUUAAAGACGGUGUGUAGAAAAAACAUUUUGUGUAAAGUAUUUGUACAACUGUCUGCGGCGGGGGAUUUUUCACGGUUUUUAAAAUGUGCUUGUUUUACCUUUAUUAUCAUUAUUUUUAUAUAAAAAGGGGGGCUUUGACAUUUUUUUUUUUUUUUUGGUCCAUGAUUGAACACUUUUUUGUCUUUUUGUUUGUAGGUGCUUGUGCCUUGCAUGCCUUAGUUGCAGUGUUUCCUUUUUUGUUGAGUUAGAUGUUAGGUUUAUGUAGAUGUUGAGCCCCCGACCCCCGACCCUCUGCAGUCCAUAUAAUCUAUUUCUUUGAUUAUUUCAUUGUCGCAUAACUUUUGCCUCCUUGGACAAACAAGCAAGACCAAGUCACUCUGUAGACCAAUUCACUCUGACAUACUGUGAGAGCUGUGCGUAAACCUUUUCGGAUGUGUGCUGAGAGUGUGCGUGAUUGUGUGUGUGUGUGUGUGUGUGUGUGUGUGUGUGUGUGAGAGAAUGUUUGCACAAUAUAAAACAAAGGGACUUUAUUCCUCUACUUGUCAUCCUCUAUCAAAGUUUUAUUUUUCUAAUCGACCAAAAAGAAAAAAGAAAAAAGCUACUCUCUCUAAUUAAUGAGUGCACGUUGUUGGUGCGCCGCUACAAACUGUAACAUUCCUGAUUGAAUCACGUAAAGAGAAGCUUUGAUAAGAGGAUGCCAAUGGCGGCCUUGUAGCAGACAGUAGGACCAUAUGUAGAUCUGUGUUCAGUGCGUAGACAGACGGUUAGGUGGCACUGUUAUUGAUCAUGAUCUGUGAUGGUUUCAAGUUACAUAUCCCCCCUAUACCCCAACCCUCUGUUGUCAUUGGACGGGCACAUUAGUGGACUAAUCUCCAUGAUUUUGCUAAUAAAAGAGCUGCUGUGGUAAAACCAUGGCAACUUAUGCAAUAAA